CGACGGCUUCUUCCGAAACUGCCGAUAAUCCGGCAGGCAAAGGAUAUCUAGAAAGCUGUGGUGGUGCCUACACCGUGGGUGGUGCGCCUGUCUGUGUGCCAAACAUGGCCGGUUUGGCUAGACUCUCGUGCUCUGUGACAACGCUGUUCUCCAAAAUAUCCAUUACAAGAGCUGCGACUGCCGCCACCGAGGCGAGCCUCCUGCGGUGCCGUUCAGCGACGCGUGUGUGCAGACGUUUCAGAAAUCGGAAGGUCCUGUCGUGGCCUACCGACUACCUGCCGUUCGAGUGGUCCUACCCGGCGCCUCCUGAUGUAAUCGCCAAAUGCGGGGACGGCGACAUAGAGCCCACCGACCCGACCUUGCCGCUGAACGGAUUCGAACUGUCUGACGAACUGAGAGCGGCUUCGCCGGAAGUGAAAAAGGUUUUUAGCUUGCAGCUGGCAAGCCUGAGGCAGAUACACGAAGCAAAAAAGCAGAGAUUUGUCAAGCUUUGCCAGAGGCAUCCGUACGACUUUGAUUCACUUGAGUAUAAAGUUGCUUACAAGACUUUUCUCGUGAGGAAGCUCAAGGAGCUCUACAACAUGCAGCCAAAGCGCAGGGAUCUGAAAGAUGCGCUUGCCAAGGCCAUCGAGGGACGGAACAAGGCAUUCAAGUAUCUGUACCGGUACGACCGCGAGCGCUUUCGCUCCGUUGCCUGCACGCUGCACGUCACGUAUACUCCUGCCCAGCUGCACUACAUCACGCAGUCUGUUACGAAGAAAGGCGAGCUCCGGCGACUGACAGCAGAGUACUGCACCCGAAUAAAGCAAGACAAAAUGAACGCAUUCCAUGAGAAACUCAAGGCUCAGCAGGCUACCUUCCUUGAGGAGAAAAGGAGCACUGAGGAAUGGAUCAGUGCAGAAACAGAAAGGCUGGGACUAUCCGAGAAUGAUCUAAAAAGCACAGAGUACACGGGCAUUUUUAGACAACCGACACACUGCUCAUAAUAAAAUGUAUGACAUGGUUUUUCCUUUCCUUCA